CUCUCUUCCCUAUUCCCCCCUCCGCGGGUUAUUCUACUUUACCGCCAUCUCACGCUAUUCUCCCCAAUUCCUUGCGAACUCCUCCUCGGAUUUUCGCCUCCAAACGAUCUCUCUCUUCGAAUUCCUCACCGCCUGUGCCGCCCUCUGGGAUCCCCCUCUUAUCGUCUCUCUCCCCGCUUCAUUUCUGUUGCCAAAGCUGGGUUCUCACAUACUAAUUUGCCGUCCGAUUGGUAUCAAUGCGAAAAAACUACACAUUUGGAGGUUAACAUCAUAUUUAGAUCUUUGAAAACAUCCAUAUAAGCAGUUAGUGGCAAAAAGAUUGGAUUUUGAUAGCAUGGGUCGCUCGAUCGGCAAGCAGAACUACCCCCGGUCGCCGCCACAGAUUGCCCGGCCGUGGACGGAGUUCCAAGAGGUCGGCAUCGUCCCGCCAAUGAACGCUCUGGAGAUCUUGCGGGAGACGGUGAGGAUCCUCCGUGCCGAUCCCUCCACCUUCAUGACAAUUCUUGCCCUCCUCAUCUGCCCUGUUUCAGCUGCUCUGCUCUUCAACACCCUCGUCGAUGCCGCCGUCGUCGGCGCCGUCUCGCACCGUUUCGUCCUUUUAGCGGUUACCAGCGGCCUCCCUCCCACCCAUUUCCUCAAGCAGAUGUGCCAUCAUCUAGCUGGGACGGUUGUUUCCUCCGCCUUCUGCUUCCCUCUCUUAAUAAGCCUCCUCCUCCUUGCCCGGGCUUCCAUCGUGUACUCCGUCGCCUGCUCGUAUGCCGGAAAAAAGGUCGUGGCUUUGGAGUUCUUCGGGACCGUGCGCCGGAUUUGGAGGCGCCUUGUAUCCACUUAUAUUUGGGUCUGUGUCUGCAUUUCCGGCUGUCUGGCUCUGUUUCUUGCCCUCCUCGUCAUGGUCUGCAGUGCAUUCUCCUGCUUGGGUUACCCUCCGGAGAUCGUCGUCUACCCGGCCUUGUUCACUGUGUUGGUCUUCUCCAUGGUGUAUGCCCACACGAUCAUAGUCUGCAAUCUCGCCAGUGUGAUCUCAGUCUUGGAGGAUGUGUUGGGGCCGCAGGCUUUGGUUCGGUCGAUCCACUUGAUCAAGGGGCAGACGCAGGCGGGGCUGUUGAUAUUUCUCGGGUCGGCGAUCGGGAUGGCUUUCGUGGAGGGGCUGUUUGAGCACAGGGUGAAAACGUUGAGCUACGGGGAUGGGUCGUCGCGGCUGUGGGAGGGGCCUCUGCUGGUCCUCAUGUAUUCAUUUGUGGUGCUCACCGAUUAUAUGAUGAGUGCGGUCUUCUACUUCACUUGUAGAUCUUCUAGCAUGGGAGUGUUGAGUGGUGAUGGCCAUUCCUUGGAAGAACUAGAAAAGAUUUCUACUGAGCUGGUGGAUGCUAAAUAAUGCUGCAUUCUGGGGAGAAUGAUCCUUUUCAGCAUCAGUUUUUUUUUUUUUUUUUUACUGAGCUGGUGGAUGCUAAAUAAUGCUAAAAGAUUUUUUUUUUUUCAGCAUCAGUUUCACCAGGGCAAUAAGCAGCUAGAACAGCCAGGACUGCAGAAGGUUUUACUGCAGCAGCCGGUAAUGCGGAUUUAAAAGAGGGAGCAUUCCACCCUUUGUUUGUGGUGGAUGGACAGCUUCGAUGUGAAAUCUUUCUGUGGAAGGACUAGAAUUAAGAAGCUCAAUGCUGUCUGAAAAAUGCAACUCUCUCUGAAAAUAUACAGUCUCAUUUGAUGUUUUUUGUAAGCCAUGUAUACCCAAGGCUCUUAUGUUUACUGAGAUAAAAUAUCCCUUGCAUUUUUAAGGCGGUCUUUGAUCUCUCUUAUCCAUCACUUCUUGCAAGGUCUGAGUGAGAUGAUUGUUUUAGUUUAUUUUGCGACAGUUAGAUUACCAGAACGGUCAGUAAUCGAGAGAUCUUGUUGAGAACCAAUUCCAUGAGUUCAUGUCAAAUUUCACCUUUUGAUAUGCACAUUUUCCAAUAGGUAUUUGUGAUAUAAAGUUGCUGUCAAAUGAUUGUUUGAUAAUGUGACAAACAUUGCAGAUAUUGGUAGCCAACUGAGACAUUCCUACCCUGAGUUUUUUGGCAGCCAAAAGUCUGAACAUCAAGAAUAAGUGGUCUAUCUUUUUGCCAACUCAAAAUGCAAGCGCUACUUCCAUGACCGUUUGAAGCCUGCGAAGUGUACCUGGAUAGCUAUGUAUAGGAAGCAACACAAGAAGGUUCUCAUUAGGGGCUGCAUAUGGAGGCUUCGCCUUAACCUACGAGUCUUAUAACAUCAAAUGGAUUUGGCUAUACUCAUCUAGUCAGAUCAGGAACCAUGAAGUUAACACACACUUAGUUGAAAGUGACGAGUUAUGAGGAUAGGGAAUGACAUUACAAAGUCCACUAUGGAGCCAAAGACCUUCAUGAUAAAGAUUCUGCCGGGAGGAUUUGUGAGGAAUGGAUCACAUCACAGCUGUAGAAGCACUGUUGCAAGAUGCCGCCAUUGCAGACUGAUAGAUGAGCUGGUUGAUACAGGGUCUUGUUUGAGCAAGUUUAAAUCCUUUGAUCAUCUAUAACUCUCGGUGCAAAUAAGAAAUGAGUUUACCAGUUUGUUGACAGCUUUUGGCAUGGUAAUUUGGACCUGACCACAUAUGUACCAUAAUUUCAGGUGUGAUAUUCACCAAACAAUCCAUACAUGCCAGCCCAUGCAAUCAUCAGCAGUCCUGUUCGGCUACUUGGAUGCAAACUUCAAUACUUUCGUAGCUUGUGGCAAGUAUGGAUCCACUCCCUUCUGAUGUUGAUGGAUAUGCUGAGCUAUGCUUGCUGUCGCAAUCUGAGGGUUGUCUUUGUUUUUUCUUUUUUGCUUGUGCAUGUGACAAUGUUUGGUAUAACCAGUUGCAUAAUAUGAUAUUAAUUUCUUUGGAUC